AUGUACGUAUGUGUUAUUCUUGUUGCUUUACUUAUUACCUUGGAUUUAACAGUUGCUCGUCGUAGACGAAAAGCUUGUGAUAAUUCGAAAAAUGAAGUAUAUAGUACAUGUGGUAAUUUAUGCAAACAAAUGAAUUGUCAUAAUCGAGCUAACAACGAUACUUAUCAACCAUGCACUGAUCAAUGUCGACCAGGCUGUAUUUGUAAAUUAGGCUAUGUCCGUCAUGAGCUUUUAACUGAUCCGUGUAUAAAAGAUUGUUAA